AUGGGGGAAUACAGUCACAAUAUCCCUGUCCAGCUUGGUAGUAAUCGCCCAGGCCCCCACCCUUCAUCGUCUAGAAGACCGGUAGAUCAUCCAGAAUGGCAUGUUCAGUCUCCGACCGGAUACACGGCGGGAACGAACCUCCUAGGCGAGCCCUGGCAAAUCGACCGCCCAUUCAAAGUGAUCGUUAUGGGUGCCGGUGCUGCAGGCAUUGAUUUUUUACAUCAUGCAUCGAAUAAAUUGGCAGAUUUGAAUAUUGAGGUCAAAUGUUUUGAAAAGAACGCUGAUGUGGGUGGUACAUGGUUUGAAAAUCGGUAUCCUGGCUGUGCCUGCGAUGGCCCAUCCCCCAGUUACCAAUUUGCUUGGAGACCAAAUCCAGAUUGGUCGAAAUAUUAUUCCAGUUCCCCGGAGAUAUGGCAAUAUCUCAAAGGUAUUGUUCUUGAUGAAGGCUUGGAUCGAUAUAUUCAACUCCGAACUGAAGUCACUGAGGCGAGAUGGGAUGACAAGAACGGGAGGUGGGUACUUACACUAUGUCGGGCGGAUGAUUUAGCUUCGUGGACAGAGCAUUGUGAUGUGCUUUUGAACGGCACGGGAUUCCUGAAUGCUUGGAAAUGGCCAACCAUUCCUGGUCUACAUUCCUUUCAAGGACGUCUUUUCCACACUGCUCGUUAUGAGGAAGGCUUUGAUCUCAAACACAAACGAGUCGCCAUAAUUGGAUCUGGUAGCUCUGGCGUCCAGGCAGUAGCUUCUGUUUACUCGGAUGUAUCGAAGCUUUAUACCUGGGUUUGCAGCCCUACUUGGAUUACGGCGGGGUUUGCACAGAAAUACGCUGGCAAGGAUGGAGCAAACUUUGAGUAUUCUGAGAAAGAAAAAUCCGAAUGGCGUCAAGAUCCUGAGAGAUACCGUGAAUACAGGAAGAUGAUCGAGGAUGAAAUCAAUCUACGGUACCGGGCAGUUUUACGCAAUACUGCUGAAUCCCAAAAGGGCGCCGAGUCUGGGCAAGAGUUUGAGUGUGAUGUUAUUAUAUGUGCCACUGGCUUCGACACCUCUUAUCGUCCUCGAUUCCCUGUCAUCGGACUCAAUGGUGUCCGGCUUAAUGAACGCUGGGCCAAAAUCCCUGAAUCCUACCUUGGGAUCGCAGCUCCGGACAUGCCAAAUUACUUUAUGUUCACAGGGCCAUUCACGCCUGUAGCGCAAGGCGCGAUUUUACCCAUCUUAACCGCAAUGAGCAAUUAUUUUAUGCAACUCAUCAAGAAGAUGUAUCUGCAUCAUAUCCGCCGCGUCAUACCCAAGGAUUCUGUGAUUCAGGACUUCAUGGAACAUGCUCGUGUCUAUCUGCCUCGUACCUGCUGGGCAGAUCCUUGUACCAGCUGGUUUAAACAGGGUAGACCAGAUGGGCCGAUCGUCAUGUGGCCUGGUUCCCGACUGGCUUUCUUUGAGGCAGUCAAAGAACCUUUAUGGGAAGAUUUUGAUAUUCAGUAUCAUUCAAAAAAUCGAUUCGGGUUCUUGGGUAGUGGAUUUGCUAAAUAUGAAUUUGGAAGUGCGGGCGAGAGUUCUCCGUAUUUAAAUGGAGAGUUCGUACAUACGCGACCAAAGAAGGAGGUGGAGGCUAUGAUUGAGAGCAACAAGCAAAAAAGUGAUGAUAAGGCGUUGCCUUGA